AUGUCGUCGAUGCGAGGGCUUGUGCAGUUCAUUGCUGAUCUGCGGAAUGCCCGUGCUAGAGAACUCGAGGAGAAGCGCGUGAAUAAGGAGCUGGCCAAUAUUCGGCAGAAGUUUAAGUCUGGAAAUCUCAAUGGUUACCAGAAGAAGAAAUACGUUUGCAAAUUGCUUUACGUCUACAUUCAGGGUUACGAUGUGGACUUCGGCCAUCUCGAGGCUGUCAACUUGAUCUCUUCGUCUAAGUACUCUGAGAAGCAGAUCGGAUACUUGGCUGUCACGUUGUUCUUGCAUGAAGAGCACGAGCUACUCCAUUUGGUUGUCAACAGCAUUCGGAAGGAUCUGCUCGAUCAUAAUGAAUUGAAUAACUGCUUGGCCCUGCAUGCUGUGGCUAAUGUGGGUGGUAAAGAGCUUGGAGAAGCACUCGGCUCGGAGGUUCACAGGCUGCUCAUCUCACCUACCUCCAAAGCUUUCGUCAAAAAGAAGGCCGCUUUAACAUUGCUUCGGUUGUACCGCAAAUACCCCGGCAUUGUACGAAACGAAUGGGCAGAAAGAAUCAUAUCGAUUAUGGACGACCCUGACAUGGGAGUAACGCUCUCCGUCACCUCUUUAGUCAUGGCGCUAGCUCAGGAUUUGCCAGAGGAAUACAAAGGCUGUUAUGUCAAGGCUGCACAACGAUUGAAGCGGAUUGUGGUUGACAACGAUAUCGCCCCGGACUACCUCUACUACCGUGUACCUUGUCCAUGGAUUCAGGUUAAGUUCUUGCGCCUGUUGCAAUACUAUCCUCCGUCAGAGGACAGCCAUGUUCGCGAGAUCAUUCGAGAAUCCCUCUCCCAGAUGAUGCAAGCUGCAAUGGAAACACCCAAGAAUGUCCAGCAGAAUAAUGCCCAGAACGCCAUCCUUUUCGAAGCCAUCAAUCUCCUUAUCCACCUCGACUCUGAGCACAAUCUCAUGAUGCAGAUCUCCACCCGCCUAGGCAAAUACAUCCAGUCUCGGGAGACCAACGUUCGAUACCUCGGCCUGGAUGCGCUGACCCAUUUCGCCGCUCGAGCCGAAACCCUUGACCCAAUUAAAAAGCACCAGAACAUCAUCCUGGGCUCACUUCGAGACCGCGAUAUUAGUGUUCGUCGCAAAGGAUUGGACCUGCUGUACAGUAUGUGUGAUACCAGUAAUGCCGGGCCCAUUGUGAACGAGCUUUUGCGAUACCUGCAGACCGCCGAUUAUGCCAUUCGGGAGGAAAUGGUACUCAAGGUCGCUAUUCUUACCGAGAAGUACGCCGCCGAUGCACAGUGGUACAUCGACAUGACAUUGAAACUGCUCUCACUGGCAGGAGAACAUGUGAACGACGAAGUAUGGCAACGAGUGAUCCAGAUCGUGACCAACAACGAAGAACUACAAGCUUAUGCAGCACACACCCUGCUGGGCUACUUGAAGUCUGAUUGCCACGAAAGCUUGGUGAAAAUCGGCUGCUAUGUCUUGGCGAGCUCAAGCCCUAUUGAGCAAUUCCUGGCCCUGCAGGCCAAGAUGUUCUCCAGUUCCGACAACGCGCGGGCCAUGAUCCUCUCGUCGUUUGUCAAGUUUGUGAAUUUGUUCCCCGAAAUCAAACCUCAGCUAUUGCAAAUCUUCCGCCUGUACAGCCAUUCUCCCGAUUCUGAACUGCAGCAGCGAGCAUUUGAAUACCUGUCACUGGCGACUCUCCCGACUGAUGAUCUGCUGCGAACGGUCUGCGAUGAAAUGCCGCCAUUCUCAGAGCGAACCUCCAUUCUACUUUCUCGGCUACACCAGAAGACAGCCGGUGCGAGUGAGAAGAAGACCUGGGUUAUCGGUGGCAAGGACGCGAAUGCGGACAAGCAGGAAAUGCUCUUGGCACAGAACACCGGUCUCAAGCGUACCUUCACGACAAUCGUCCAUGGCACGCGCACUGGGUCCGGCAAUACUCCAGCCAGCCCGGCAAGCGCGUCCAAUGCGGCCAGUGCAUCGGGCGACCUCGCAGGCCUUGAUCUGAGCGGUCCGUCGGCCCCAGCUCCCAACAUGGCCAGUGCCGCUCAUUUGACCCCAGAAUGGGACAUCGGCUACAACCGACUGUUCUUCUUGCGCGAGGGUGUGCUCUUCGAAGAUGCACAGAUCCAGGUUGGGCUGCGCUCGGAGUACCGCGGCCCUAUGGGUGUCCUGAAGCUCUACAUUUCCAACAAAUCCACGUACGCCAUUGGGUCUCUUACCACCACCGUCGACAACCCGGCCUCUCCUCAAUUGAAGAUCGACACGAAGAAUCUGCCCGAACCAACAAUUCCGGCUGCCGGCCAGACACAGCAGACUCUGUUCUGCACAGCCCAUGGUCCCUUCACGGAUGCACCUACCAUCCGUAUCUCAUACUUGGCCGGUGCUCUCCAGGCCUACACACUCCAGCUGCCUGUUCUAAUGCACCGCUACAUGGAAUCCUCGUCUCUGUCGGCCGAGGAAUUCUUCAAGCGAUGGCGCCAGAUCGGCGGUGGACCGCUGGAAUCCCAAAAGACCUUUGGCUUGCUGGGUAAGAACAAGACCAUCAAUGAGAGAUUCACCAGGAAGAUUGUCGAGGGAUUCUCAUUCAAGAUCUUGGAUGGUGUCGAUCCAAACGCUCAGAACAUUGUUGGGUGCGCCGUGUAUCAAUUCGAGGGAGGCAAGACGGGCUGUCUGCUGCGGCUGGAGCCCAACUACGAGAAGAAGAUGUAUCGCGUCACUAUUCGUGCCACCCAAGAAGAGGUCCCGCAGGCACUCGCCAGACAGAUGGAGCUGAAGCUGGCGCAGGGCAUGAGAGCAGAUGAAGCCUUCGAUUAA